GAGGAAAAAGAAUUCAAGCUGGAAUUCUGCACUGAAAUUAAACAAUUUCAUUUAUAGAAUUUCCUUACAUUUCUUGUGUUUCAGAGUUUGUACUUUUAAAUAAUCCUUCAAAAAUGUUCUACCCCCUAAAGUGGAUCAAAAAUUGCUCAUCCCACUCCGAUCAUCUUUUGAUCUUUUGUAAAUUUAUUGUAAUCUGUAUCGUUUUUGAGGACAUAGUUUCUGCAGAGCGGCAGGAGUUCUGUAGAAAUUUAUCUCUGAGUUGUCAGUGUAGACUAAGCCUGCCCCCAUUUCCCAUCAUCCAUCUGUUUACGCCCUCUUGACUAUCAUUUCAAUUAAAAAAUACCUCAGAAAUGCAAUUUGAACCUUAACUUUCUUAAUAUUUGCCCCCCCAUUGUGAGAUUUUAACAAAUCACCAGAAAUAAAAUUUUCAUCAAAUUGGGUCUUUAAAAGUUUAUACUUUUAAAAUAGUCUCUUUGAUCCCUAAAGCUGAUCAAAAACGGUGUAUAAUUAGGUCAUAAUGUGUUUUUUAAAAAAAAAGUAAAUGAGUGACUGAAAAUUGCAUUUUUGUUGCUCGAAGAGUCAAAAAGUGUCCGCUUGUGUUCAGCGGCUGUGCCUGAGCGUGCCGCCUUUGUCUGAAGAGUUUCCAUUAUUGUCCUGCAGGUGAACCUUGACCCCUUAGGUAACUCCUCCCACCUGUCAGCUGCAGUUCUCCGGUCCUCCCCCCGUCCUCGCUCUGGGCAUGUCUUGACACGCCGACAAACACCAGGAGAGGGUGGAGACAAAAAAAAAAAAAAACAAGAAAAACCGGAGAGCAUGACAGACUGAGAAACAGAAAGAGAGAGAGAGAGGGAGGUUGAGUUUGAGCAGAGGAGAGAGAGGGUGUGAGGAAGCUGAAGGGAAUUUCAUGCUGAAGCUGCAGCUGAGGAUCGAUUCUCAGCAGAAAAGCAGGACAGGAACUGAAGCGGCGCAGAGGAAUGUGGCUGUAAUCGGAAAAGGGAAGGCAGCCCUGAAGAGUGGAGGGGUGAGAUCCAGUGGUGUGGAGAGACUGUGGAAAAUGUGCUGUCAGUUUCUCUCCUGGACUCAUUCCUUCUUUCUCUUUGUGAUUUCUGACUGAGCAGCUUCCUGAAUCCCUUGGAGAGGCGCGGAGAACACUGGUGACUGUGGCUGCUGAAUCCACCAACAAAGGGAUCGGGAUGAAUGAAGCAGAGGAAGGAGCGCACCUUUAGAGUUUGCUGUUUUGGGAAAGCUUUAUCAUUCCAUUCAAAGGAAACAUGGACGGACAUUUUUGACAUCUAAAAGGAGCUUAAAAAAGAAAACAGAGCACCAGAGGAGCAUGGGAUGUAAAGUUGGGAGCUCUGUUCGGUGUCAGACCCUCGUGCAGACAUGAGCAGCAGUGGCUUCGGGAGUAGCUCCAGUUUGCUUCAGGGCCGGCGGUUUUUCUGCAGAGAAUGGACGCUGGAAAAGUUGCGCCGCUGCCUGGACUCUCGAGCAGCGUCAGGCACACCGCCGGGGCUGCUGGUGACCGGGGGCCCCGGUGCUGGAAAGACCGCCCUGUUCACCGAGGUGCUGUGGCCCACCUCGAAGACCGGAACCACAAUCGGGCUGGCCCAGCGCUGCCUGGCCUCUCAUUUCUGCCAAAGAGAGGACCAAAGAAGCACUGUCCUGUGGAGGUUUGUCCUGGGCCUGGUGGAGCAGCUGAGGGCAUCACCUUUCCUCUCCCCGGGGUACGAAGACGUCCUGAACAGGGAGGCUGUUGUCUCUGCUUUGGAGCCCCUCAGCUGUCAAAGAAACCCUGAUGAAACUUUUAAAAGAGCGGUGUUGGAGCCUCUGCUGGAACUUCCUCCUCCGGCUCAGACUCUGAUGGUGGUCAUUGACGCGCUUGAUGUUGACUAUGAGCCAGGUGAGGGUGUUGGGAAGAGCGAUUCCAUCGCCGAGCUGCUGGCUGCCAACCAACACCUGCUGCCCAGCUGGCUGCUGCUGGUCUGCUCUGUCCGCCGCCAAAACAAAGCUGUGUGCAAGAUGUUCUCAGGUUUUCGUAAGCUCUGCUUGGAUGAUCUGAGGAAGCCACCUGCAGUCCGUGACGUGCAGCAGUACAUUCUUUGUCGGCUGGACGAAGACGCCGCGCUGCGCCGUCAGCUCACCCCGGACACCGCUGACAUGCUGAAUCUGCUGCACAUCAAAAGCGGUGGCUGCUUCCUUUUUCUCGAAAGGGUUCUCGACGGUGUGGCAGCUGCGCUGGUGGGCCUGCGGGAGAUCCGGGACAUCCCUGGAACCCUCAACGGCCUUUACCUGUGGCUCUGCCAGAGGCUGUUUCCCCGGAGACUUUUCGCCCACGUCAGGCCUCUUCUUAAUGUUCUCCUGGCUGCGCCAAAGCCCCUUACAUCCCUGCAGCUGUUUACAGCAGUAUGGACUCAGGACACUUCACUGAGCAUCCAAGACUUCCAGAAAAAACUCCAAACACUUUCCCCUCUGAUGAUCAGUGGACCUGGGUGCACCAAAUUGCUUUUUCAUGCCAGCUUUGCAGAGUGGCUAACGGAUGUCAAGUACUGCACUCAGAAGUACCUUUGUAGCCGGAGCGAUGGUCACACUAUGCUCGCCAUGGCUCUCAGUUUACAAGGACCUGACUUAAGCGCUGACAGCAUUUGUCAGCUCGCUGCACACUUGGUCUGCUCAGGUCACCAUAAGGAUAAGCCUUCGCUUCUAGCACUGUGGAUGCUGUGGGCGGACGUGCCUCCUCUUCCCCCCAGCAGCAGCGGAGCCCUCGCCACAUCUCUUGCGCAGCUUCCUGCUCUCGUCAGUCAGAACGUGCCUCAGCUUCUCAUGAGAAGCGGAGUCAUCUUAUCAGAUCCAGACAUCAAAGUUGGAAUGCUGUCACUUUGUGAAGAAGGGGCUGGUUUACAACAGCCAUUUGAGUGUGGUCUGUCAGUGACAAAGCUGCUAGAUAGUGGGCUGUCUGUAGACCAGCUUGGAUCUGCAGACCAACAGACUUUGCUUGCUAAAGCAGCUCUCGAUGGAUCCGAAAAGGUUGCCGAACUGCUUCUGAGACAUGGAUCUGAUCCACUGAUCUGUGACCAUCAAGGUCAAACACCUAUGACUUUAGCUUCCAGUCAAGGUCAUGUCCAAGUGCUGUCUCUCCUCCUUGACUGGGCCAAAGAGCAGGACCCGGAAAAGGCAGCACGAAUGAUGGAGCAUGCUGACAGCGAAGGCUGGACCGCACUCCGCUCUGCAGCUUGGGGAGGACACCAAGAGGCUGUCCAGCUGCUUUUGGAUGCUGGAGCAGAUGUGAACGGAUGUGACAGUGAAGGCCGAACUGCUUUGAGAGCUGCUGCAUGGGGGGGUCAUGAGGAAAUCGUUUUUACCUUGCUGGACUACGGGGCUCAAGUCAACAAAGCAGAUAGCAAGGGCCGGACACCGCUUAUCGCUGCUGCCUACAUGGGGCAUCAUGAAGCUGUGGAGAUUCUGCUGAACCACAAUGCAGAAGUGAACCUGGCAGAUGGAGAUGGACGCACAGCUCUGUCGGUCGCUGCCCUCUGCGUCUCCUCAGCUGCAGGGAUCCAAGGCUUCGGUGAAGUAGCGAGUCUGUUACUAGAACAUAAAGCAGAUCCAGGACACAGAGACAACGAUGGAAUGACGCCUCUUCUUCUCGCUGCCUACGAAGGCCAUGAAGAUGUAGUUGAACUUCUUUUGGAAGCUGGUGCUGAUGUGGAUGAAACAGCUGGACUUGAUGGGAGCGUCUCUGCAGCAGCGGCUGUUACCCCCCUGCUGGCGUCUGCAGCGAUGGGCCACAUGAAGACGGUGUCACGGUUGCUUUUCUGGGGAGCAGCUGUGGAUGCCAUUGACUGCGAGGGCAGAACAGCACUCUGCUUAGCCGCAGCAAGAGGCAGCCUUGAAGUUGUUCGAGCUUUGUUGGAUCGAGGCCUGGAUGAGAACCAUAAGGACGACCUGGGCUGGACUCCGCUGCAUGCAGCUGCUUGUGAAGGACACCGUGCUGUUUGUGCUGCCUUGACAGAACAGGGCAGCAUGGCGCGCGUUGGAGAGAUGGAUAUUGAAGGACGGACUCCGCUAAUACUGGCUGCCCAAGAAGGUCAUUGGAGCACUGUCAAACUUCUUCUGGAUAGACGCUCUCCUAUUGACCACAGGGCUUAUGAUGGGCAUUCUGCACUGAGUGCCGCUUUCCUGGAGGGUCACACUGACGUCGCAGAACUGCUGAUGAAGCGAGGGGCUGACACAGAUGUCCGAGAUGCAGAGGGGCGACCUCUGCUCUAUCUCCUGGUGCUGGAGGGUCGCCUUGACAUGGCGAGCCUCCUCAUAGAGAAAGGAGGCGUGCCGCUGGAGUCCAAAGACUCUGAGGGCCGCACGGCACUUCAUGUGGCUUCGUGGCGAGGCUCUGUGGAGAUGGUAGACUUACUUUUAAAACACGGAGCAAAGCCUAACGCACAAGAUUCAGAAGGAAGACCGCCACUGCAUUCAGUGGCUUGGACGGGACACGCUAAAGUUGGACGAAGACUCCUAGAAACAAGCGGCAUAGAUGUCAACCUCGCCUGCCAUCAGGGAGCAACUGCUCUGAGUAUUGCUGCCCAAGAGGGGCAUGCUAAUGUUGUCAAAAUGCUUCUUGAGAAAGGUUCAAAUCCCAACCACUUGGAUAAAUAUGGCCGCAGUCCAGUUAAAGUGGCAGCGAAGUAUGGACACUUUAACAUCGUCAGACUCUUGGAGAGUCAUGGAGCCAAGCCAUACCAUGGCACAUUGCCUAACUUUAGUACUGUGUCCCCUGCAAAACCCAACAAAACCAAAUCCUCAGGUACAUCAGCGAGUAACAGAGGUGAUGUCCAAGCCGCUACCUCUUCGUCUUCAAUGUCCUCUCCUGGCUCGACAGCAGAGCGAUUCCACUCGAUGCAAAGUUCCCAAACCUCUUCCACCUGCCACUCCCUUGCCACAGUACAGACGGUGCCAGCGGACAGCCUCAGUUUCAUCCAACAGAUCCAACAGCAUUCACUGCCACGAAGCCGCAGCCGCCACUCCACCCUCCUUCCCCUGGGAAGGUCAGGCAUGGACAGCCUCCACGGAAGUCUCCAGAAGCAACCCAAAGGUAGCUCUUCUCCAGCUGUUUGCACAGUCACAGCCACAGUGCACAACUGUGAGAUGCCACAGAAAGGCUUGACAUCCGGAUUCAAAUUUCAAGACAAAAUGAGCAAACAAAGCUCAAACCUGAUUCAAGCUGACAGAACUGCACACGCCGGCGGGAAGUGGAACUCAGUCAUGGCUUCUCUUGGUAUAAAGCCAGGUCAAGACAUGCCCCUGACUGGUAAAAACAGAGAAAGCCCUCCGUCAGACUAUCCCUACAGACUACAGAGCCCCCCUCAAGGGGGAGCUUGGGAUUCUCCUCCUCCGAAGAACAGUUUGUCACCUGUUUGUUACAGUUUUACCCCUUCCCCACCUUGCAGUGCCUUGCCAGAGGAAGUGAUGUUCACAAUGUCGACCACAGACCCGCAGUUGAAUCUCAAGCGGGCCAUCAAACUGCAGUUUGAAGGCCCCACCAGUGCAGCCUUAUGUAAAAGAGAAACCCCCCUGUGAUUGGUGUUUAAAAGAUGAGCAGGGCUUACCAUGUUGAGAAAGAAGAUGAAUAAUGAACUGUCGUACAAAACUACAGCCGCCCUGAAUGGCAAACCACAUUUUUUGUAUUAAAGAAAACAUUUUGGAAAACAAAGAUUAUUUUCAGAAAUAAAAAGAGAUGUGUAAAAAAUGAAAGAAAAGAAGAAGAAACCAGAAAAUGUAGGUUUAUGAGACAUUGCUGAUUGGAUGAUGCUGUUUGUCCAUCAUUUCAAUAGAAAGUUAUAUGGCAUUUAGCGAUACAGGAUUUGCUCCGUACUAAUCACAAAACUUGUAUUAGUAUGUGGGCGUUUGAAAAACUGAAACGUCAAAAAUCAAACCCCAUCAUCCAAUCAAGAAUGUCCCAUAAGUUUUUUCUAGGUUUUCUGGGUUACUUAUUGUAUUUUGUUUUUUAAUGUUUCAUCUUGAUAUCUGAAAAUGUUUGUUUUCUAAAAUAUUUCAUUUUUUUUUGUGGAAUUGUGUUUUGGUUUCUGGAAUUUUG